CAUUGAUAAAAUUUGAUUACAUCGUCUUUUGUUUGUUAAACUAAGGAUAUUUGUUGAUUGCCAGAAUGAAGAUAAAAUUUGUUUUGUCGGAAAAGAAUACUGUCCUGGAAGGCCCCCCAAUUCCAAAUGACGAGGAGUCCGACGUAUGGGGACAAGGAUACAUGACACCAGCAGAUGCAACUGGCCCAAGGAGAUGGGGACAGAAGACAAAAUGGUGCAGACCCUCUUGCAUACCAAUAUCAAUAAUAUGUAUUUUGAUCUUCCUUGUAGUACUUUUGCCAUUAUUAGAUCACGCUACUGAAAAAGCCUUACAAGAAAUUAAUUCUAUUUCUGAAGAAUGUAAUUCAUGUCGGAUAUCUUUAAGAGAAAGCAUACCAAUAGGAUUAGAAUAUCCCGAUGCAGUUACUUAUCCUUCCACUUUUAUUACUUGGUUAGACCUAAUAAACUCUGCCCAGCACACCAUCGAAAUAGCCUCGUUCUAUUGGACAUUAAGACAGUCAGAAGUUUACCCAGAUCCUUCUUCCAUUAAGGGCGAACAAAUUUUCCAAUCAUUGCUAAAAGCAGGCACGGACCGCGGAAUAAAUGUUAAAAUCGCACAAAAUUACCCGUCCUCGAAUUUUCCCAACAUCGACACGGAAUUGUUGGUGAAAAGGAAAGCAGCCACUGUAAGAAGUUUAAAUUUUCCAAAAUUAAUGGGUGGAGGGGUGCUGCACACAAAAUUUUGGAUCAUUGAUAGGCAGCAUGCAUACAUUGGCAGUGCCAACAUGGAUUGGAGAUCCUUGACACAAGUCCAAGAAAUGGGUAUUCUUUUAAAAAACUGUUCUUGCCUUGCUAGGGAUCUGGGAAAGAUAUUUGAUGUCUACUGGACUUUGGGUGAAGAUGGCGCCAAAAUCCCCGAGACUUGGCCAACUUCAUUGAGCACAGAUUUUAAUAUGGAAACUCCAUUUAAUUUAAUGUUAAAUAACGAAACAUUUCAAUCUUUCAUAUCCAGUUCUCCACCACCGUUUAGUACAACAGGACGCACAAACGACAUCGAUGCUUUGGUAAACGUAAUUCACAAAGCGGAAAAGUUUAUUUAUAUCGCCGUCAUGGAUUAUUAUCCGCAAUUGAUUUACUCGCCGAAGAAAAUUUUUUGGCCCGUAAUCGACGACGCACUGAAAAGCGCUGCUAUCGAUCACCGCGUCAAAGUCAAAAUGCUGAUCAGUCGCUGGAAUCAUUCCAGAUCAUCGGAAGAUCAUUUUUUGAGAUCGCUGGCUAGCGUGAGCGGAUCGUAUCCCGGAGUUUCCAUACAAGUUCGUCACUUCAUAGUACCAUCAGACAAACAGCAAGAAAAAAUUCCUGACGCACGGGUAAAUCACAACAAAUAUAUGGUGACAGACAACACUGCGUACAUCGGGACUUCAAAUUGGUCCGGUGAUUAUUUCACUGACACCGCCGGUGUUGCGUUUGUGGUGCAUGAUCCAGUCUACGAUAGAGAUACAAAUCAUACAACUAUAAGGAGCGAAUUACAAGGGGUGUUUGAGAGAGAUUGGAAUUCUAACUAUAGUUUUCCCAUCGAUUUUGAUUUAUUAGAUAAUUAAAUGAUCGUUUUAUAUUAACGUACACUACAGUGAUUUUUUCCAAAACUAUUUGUAACUAGUUUUAAGAGAAUAAUUACUAUAAUUAUAAAACGUAUUCUUACAAAAAUAAAUUUAUGAACCAUUUAAUUAAAACUACGUCCUACACUAGUGAUUCUCAAAUAUAAUUCAUUUUGAUAUUUUCUUAAAGUUAUUGAUUCAAAACUGUCUUAGUUUUAGAAUUACUGGACAU